AUGGUUCGACUCACCUCUGUCGCUGUUGCCGCCCUCCUCGCUGGCCCUGCCCUCGCCGCACCCUUCCACGUUCCCCACGCCGAGCACGCCGGCCACGCUCACACCCACGAGGCGCGCUCCGACAUCGAAGCGCAUGAGCCCCGCAUUCACACCAGUACUGCCGCGUUGGAUGCUGCUGGCGCCACCAUCCCUUCGAUCCACCAGGCGCGAGACCUUGAGGAACUCGCACUUCGGGAGCCGUUCUUGAAGAAAGUCCUUGGCGUCGCGAAGAAGGUUGUAGGUGGCGCAGCGAAGGUCGCUGCGGGCGCACUCUCCGCCCGUGAGCUCGAGGAACUAGAAGAACUCGCUCUCCGCGAGCCUUUCCUGAAGAAAGUCCUCCGCGUUGCGAAGAAGGUCGCCGGUGGUGCCGCGAAGGUUGCGGUAGGCGCCCUAUCUGCCCGUGAGCUUGAAGAGCUCGAAGAACUCGCUGCCCGUGAGUUCGACGACCUCGAAGAGCGCGAACCUAUUUUCGGUAUCCUCAAGGUUGCGAAGAAGGUCGCGAAGGUCGCUGCCGGUGCCCUCUCUAGCCGCGAGGUCGAGGAACUCGAGGAGAUUGCUGCCCGCGAUCCUCGUGUUGGCAGUACUCAUGACAUGCCCCGAGGAGGUCAGAGGGCAAGGCUCGCCGUCAUGAGGCGCGAGCCUGAGCUCGAGGAUCUAUCGGAGCGUGACUUGGAGGAGCUUGAGGAGCUCGCCCUCCGGGAGCCAUUCUUAAAGAAGGUUCUCGGUGCUGCGAAGAAGGUCGUCGGUGGUGCUGCGAAGGUCGCCGCUGGUGCACUUGCUGCCCGUGACCUCGAGACCAUUGACGAGCUUAUGGAGCGUGCAUACUUUGACGCUGAAUUCGACCAGCUCGAUUAA